AUCUUCGUCCCUUCCUUUUCCUUUUCCUUUUCCUUUUCCUUUUAUUUUUUGUUUUUUUUUUUUGUUUUUCUCUUUGAAAUCUCAUCAUCAAAUUUCACCAAAUCCCUUUCAUCAAUCCUUAUCCGUAUACUAAUUUGUUUACCCUAAACCUUCCUCUCUUUCCCAUCUUCACCAGCUUUUGCCCACUUCUUUCACUAUGGCUGCUCACCUUCCCCCUCCUCCGCCGGAGCAAAACUACCUCGAAAAGCUCGACGUCUUCAAGAUCAAAGGCAGAGAUAAGCAAGGCCGCCGCAUUCUCCGCAUCACUGGAAAAUUCUUUCCAGCUCGGGUUGUGAGUUUGGAUGUGCUGAAAAAGCAUCUGGAGGAGAAGAUCUUCCCUAGGCUUAAGAACAAGCGUUUUACGAUCUUGUACUUCCAUACCGGCGUUCAAAGGAGCCAAAACUUUCCCGGUAUCGCCGCCCUUCGAUCAAUCUAUGACGCGAUUCCGGCCGCCGUCAAGGCUAAUCUUGAAGCCGUGUAUUUCGUUCACCCAGACCUCCAGGCCCGACUCUUCCUCGCCACUCUUGGUCGCAUUUUCUUCACUAGCGAGGUGUAUGGAAAGGUGAGGUACGUGAGCAGAAUUGAUCUGCUGUGGGAGCAUGUACGGAGGAACGAGAUCGAGGUUCCAGAGUUCAUAUAUGAUCAUGAUGAAGAUCUUGAGUACCGUCCCAUGAUGGAUUAUGGUCUCGAGAGUGAUCAUCCUAGGGUGUAUGGUGCACCAUCUGUGGAAUCUCACGUCUACUCCAUGAGGUGCAUUUCAUAAACACAAAAUUUAAAAAUGGCCUUCUCUGUUGGUUUUAAGUGAAUUUGUGUUUGGAGCUUUGUUUGGCCUCUACUCAUUCUUUUUUCUUUUUCGACCUCAAGACCAAGAAGUGCUUUGUAUAUAUUUGAUUUGAUUUUUUUUUUCUUUCGAAGAAGAAGAAAAAUGGUUGUAUAAAAAGACGAAGCUAUUGGUUUGCUUUUAACUGUAUAUAUUGCCUUUUAAUCACAUAUAACUCUUUUUCUUUUACC